AUGGAGCCUGGUACAGGGACGAGUACAUCUGCAGUAGCCGGCGGUGGUCACAGCUGGAGCGCGUGCACGAGUGGGGGGCCCGCACCUCCGGGAGCGGCCCCGCGUCCCCGGACCCCGCGUGUGCUCCCCCUGGAGCGCGUGCACGCGUGGGGGGCCCGCACCUCCGGGAGCGGCCCCGCGUCCCCGGACCCCGCGUGUGCUCCCCGGGGACACAGAGAGGGUUCCCGCCUCAGGCAGAACAGCACGUGUCAGAAAACUUCUGUGUUGAGAAUCGGGGUGAAGAGGAGUUUCCGCUCCCGCACUUGCAGCGGGCACUCCCGCAGGGGACUGGCCGGCCUCCGCCCCGGGGUCCCUGGCUUUGCCGGUGUGCGGGGCCGGCCGACCGCCCGCGUCCAGGCGUCGGUGGGGGUUGUGCGCUGGGGCUCGUUUGGUAUCGUUCACAGUGUCUGCAGCCCAUUUGGUUCAAGUGUUUAUCCGCGUAACUGUUCUCAAACCGUCUCUGUUUCAGGCCGUGUGUCGGACCCGUUCCCGGCGUCGGGGAGCCUCCGGCCUGGCGCGGAGAGCAGAUUGGGUCCGCACCAUGUGCCCGAGAGAAGAAGGUGCAUGCGGCUGAACAAAGCAGAAAAGGGUAUGAAGGCAGAUCUUCGAGAAGAAGCCUCACAAAUGAGGUGAUGUGUCCCGACAAUGAGUAUAGCAGAAGUUGGAAAGACAAGAGGUGGAUUUUCUACUGCUCCCUGCUUAAUAAAGGUGAGACUAGGGAUGUGAACAGAGGAUAAAGCACCACCGGUGACCACUGG